GAAAUCUACAGCCUGCACAUUGACUGCAAAGUUAUGUCACGAUAUGCCCACACAGUCAUCACCAGCAGAAUUGUCAACAGGGCAAAUGAAUCCAAGGAGGCUCUUUUUGAUGUGGAGCUACCCAAGAAAGCCUUCAUCACAAACUUCAGCAUGACCAUAGAUGGAGAAACAUACCCUGGAAUAAUCAGGGAGAAAAAGGCCGCUCAAGCUCAGUAUGAUUCCGCCAUUUCACGAGGUCAAAGUGCUGGGUUGGUCAAAUCAACUGGAAGAAAAUUAGAAAAGUUUAGUGUUUCAGUUAAUGUUGCAGCAGCAGGUAAAGUUAACUUUGAAUUGAAUUAUGAGCAAUUACUUGAUCGAAAGCUAGGGAAUUAUGAACUGAUCAUCAAAGUCAAGCCCAAACAACUGGUGAAAGACUUUCAGAUUGAUACUCACAUCUUUGAGCCACAAGGCAUAUCCUUCUUGGCAAUAGAAGGCAGCUUCUUGAACAAUGAAAUAAGUGAUGCUCUUGUAAAGACACAGGAGGAAACCAAGGCUCAUAUUUUAUUUAAACCAACCUUAAGUCAACAAAGGAAAAACCCUGAAUCUGAACAGACUCUUCUAGAUGGAGAUUUCAUCAUACGUUAUGAUGUUAAAAGGAAUGUUGACGUAGGUGACAUACAGAUCGUGAAUGGUUAUUUUGUCCAUUAUUUUGCACCCAGUGAUAUGCCAGUAUUUCCCAAAAAUAUCAUCUUUGUUAUAGAUAAAAGUGGAUCUAUGAGUGGCAAUAAAAUUCGCCAGACUAAAGAAGCCUUGGAAAAGAUUUUGGAAGAUCUUAAUCCCAAAGACCAUUUUAAUUUAAUUGUCUUCAGUAGAGGAACUUCAAAGUGGAAGCCCACUUUGGUGCAAGCCAGCAAGGAGAAUGUGGAAUCAGCUAAACAGUAUGUUAAAACCAUUGAUGCGCAAGGAGGUGAAACAAACCCUAAGAAAAUACAGAAAAACAUAAAUAACGCCAAUGAAGAGAAGUAUUUCCUCUACUGCCUUGGCUUUGGAUUUGAUGUAAGCUAUAGUUUUCUGGAAAAGUUGGCCUUAGAUAAUUCGGGAGUUGCUCGACGUAUAUAUGAAGACUCAGAUGCAGCCCUUCAGCUCCAGGACUUUUAUAGUGAAGUGGCUAUUCCCAUCCUGAAGGAGAUUAAUAUAAAUUAUCUUGGCAAUGCUGUAGAGGACGUCACUGAAAAUAACUUUAAGUUGCUCUAUGAGGGUUCUGAAAUUGUAGUGGCUGGAAAACUUGACAAUGAAAUUGAUAUAUUUUCCUUGGAAAUAAAAGCUCAGGGGCAUGGAAGCAAUUUGACCCUGAAAGAAGAUGCUAAUGUCACAGAGAAAGCACAAGUUUUUGAACACCAGGAAUACAUAUUUGGAAAUUUCAUUGAAAAAUUAUGGGCUUAUUUAACCAUUCAACAGCUAUUAGAAAAGUCCAUUUUGGCAGAAAAAGCAGAGCAAAAAACCCUGGAAAACCAAGCAUUAAACCUCUCCCUGAAGUACAGCUUUGUAACACCCAUGACUUCCAUGGUGGUCACUAAGCCAGAAGCUGAAGAGGUGGCUAACAAGCCAACAGAAGAAGAUAAUGAGGAUUUCCAGGGAAAUUUUCGAGGACAUGCUGGAAGUUCAUAUGCGCUUCCACAUUCAUUCCCCGUUGCGUCAAGGAUGCAAGCUCAUUUUCCUGAUACAUCUGUGAGGAUCCAAAAGGUUCUCCCAGGUAUUUUUGUCAUCUUAAGUCUAAUAAAGAUUACUAUACAAUGUAUUAGUUUGCUCAUGCUAUUGUGUGUAGUAUUGAGAAGAGGGCUGCCCGUGUCAUCCUCUCUGGUCUGUAAUAAAAUCAAAAACGUUAUUCCAGUAAGAAGCCUACCCUUCUCUUCUUUUUCCAUGUUUUAUUUAUUUUAUUUAUAUUACUUUCCAUUUCCACCGAACAGGUCCUCGUCAUCUUCGUCGGCUUCUCCUUCUCCAGCCACGGUCAACCCCUUCCAAGUGAAUCAGCCGCAGCCCCUCACUCUCAAUCAGAUGCGGGCCAGCCCCAUCCUCGGGGGCAGCCUGUCCUUCAACGCGGGGCCGGAACCGGGGGCCCUUCCGUCUGUGGCUCCCGUGGCCCUGGCCCCCUUGCCAGCCGCGGGCCCCGUGGUCUCCCUAACCAGGAUGGGCCCGGGAGUGAGCGUGGGCCUCAUGGGGCCCGUGGCGCAGCCUCUCCACCACCCGGGGAUGCCCCCCUCGGUCUCUCAGCCGGCCAAUGGCUCUAACCCCUUCCUCCUCUGA